CGGGCCGAACGCGCUGCUAAGGAGAAGCUGGCUUAGGUCGAAGCGAGCCCGAGGGCUGUCAGGGAGCUGCGACGAGCCGAGGAGCUGCCCGGAGUCCCCCACAGCUCCCCCUCGCUCAGUCCAAGGACAGGUUAAAGUUCGACACAAAGAGACCCAGGGUCGGGCUUUCCCUCGAAAGUCUCUGCCCUGCCCUUGGCUUCCGAGGACAAAGAGCUCCCGAGGGACAGGCACGCUGGGGGCGCUGAGGCCGGCCAUGGUCAUGGAGGUGGGCAUCCUGGACGCCGGAGGUCUGCGGACGCUGCUGCGAGAGCGCGCGGCGCAGUGCCUGUUGCUGGACUGCCGCUCCUUUUUCGCGUUCAACGCCGGCCACAUCGCCGGCUCGGUCAACGUGCGCUUCAGUACCAUAGUGAGGCGCCGGGCCAAGGGCACCAUGGGCCUGGAGCACAUUGUGCCGAACGCCGAGCUGCGCGGCCGCCUGCUGGCCGGAGCCUACCACGCCGUGGUGCUGCUGGACGAGCGCAGCGCGGCCCUGGACGGCGCCAAGCGCGACGGCACCCUGGCCCUGGCGGCGGGCGCGCUCUGCCGCGAGGCGCGCGCGGCGCAAGUCUUCUUCCUCAAAGGAGGAUAUGAAGCGUUUUCGGCUUCCUGCCCGGAGCUCUGCAGCAAACAGUCAACCCCCAUGGGGCUUAGCCUUCCCUUGAGUACCUGUGUUCCUAACAGCGCAGAAUCUGGAUGCAGUUCCUGCAGCACCCCGCUGUACGAUCAGGGUGGCCCAGUGGAGAUCUUGCCCUUUUUGUACCUGGGCAGUGCCUAUCAUGCUUCCCGAAAGGACAUGCUGGAUGCCUUGGGCAUCACUGCCUUGAUCAAUGUUUCAGCCAAUUGUCCUAACCAUUUUGAGGGUCACUACCAAUACAAGAGCAUCCCUGUGGAGGACAAUCACAAGGCGGACAUCAGCUCCUGGUUCAACGAGGCAAUUGACUUCAUAGAUUCCAUCAAGAAUGCUGGAGGAAGGGUAUUUGUCCACUGCCAGGCAGGCAUCUCCCGGUCAGCUACCAUCUGCCUUGCUUACCUCAUGAGGACUAACCGAGUGAAGCUGGAUGAGGCCUUUGAGUUUGUGAAGCAGAGGCGGAGCAUCAUCUCCCCUAACUUCAGCUUCAUGGGCCAGCUGCUGCAGUUUGAGUCCCAGCUCCGCAGUGCUUGGCCUAGCGCGUGGCACGCGAUAAAUGGUGAGCUUUGGGGGAAUGAAUCUUGCUCGAGGCAAUGGUGGAAGGAAGGGUUGGCGGCUUCGGCCCCAGGCUGGAACAGCGGCUACUGCGGGGAUGGUGGGCGGUGGCACGGGACGAGGUGGGGCUCCCUGGAGGCCAAUCGGAGCCCAGCACUCAGCUGGGCCACGCCCCUGCCGCGCCCCCGACCACGUCCCCGCCCCGGUCUCGCCAGGCCCCAGCGCCGCGCGUCACUCGCAGGCCGCCAGAGGCGUGCGCAGCCGCCCAGCUCCCGGAAGUGCGCCGGAGCCGGCGCCGCGGCCCGAGGUGAGCGCGUGGGCUGGGUAGGCCCGGCUGCUGGCGUCCUGGGUCAGGCCCGGCGCCGACCGCGUCCGCUCGAGCCUCGGCCGGUUCCCUGGGAGCGGCGACGGGGUCUGCUGACGCGCGCGCCCGUGCGCCUGAAAGCGCGUUCGCGGGCGGCGCGGCGAGCGCAGCGGGAGGGGCGGCCCAGGCUUGCGUGGACUCGGCGCGUGAGGACGCCAGGCCGCCGACUCUGCGUGCCUGCGCCAGUGGGCGGUGCCGGGUGCGCCUGCCGGUCCCGCACGGGGACGGAGAACCGGAGGCCCAGCGGCCCCCCCCCCCAGGACAGAGAAAAUCUCAGGAGGAGGGAUCCUCAGGGGAUGACGUGGGGUCUCUCUCCAGCCAGGGUGCUGUCGACGUUGGAGGGCGCCGGGUGGAGACAGUUUCUCUUUAACUCUGCCCUGGUCUUGGGCACUAAUGCUGGUUACUGCCCCAGCCCUUUGUGA